AUGCCCGAACAUCCCCGUUGGGAUCGGUGUUCCCCACCGGUGCAGUCUGCCACCUAUGAAGCUCCCAAGAUCCGCUUCGCCGUCCACACCAAACGAUGCAUGGAGACGUACAUCCGGGGCAGGCCAAGGAGCAUUCGCUUUGCCGAAUUGGCUUCGUCUUUUUCUGUUGAAAACUUUGCUAGUGUCCGUCUCUUGUGUCUGUGCGUCUACGGGGGAGGGUCAGAGAGCCCAGCGUCGGACUCCAUCUUUGAACUUACGUGCAUAUGCCCGGCUCCAUCUCCACGCACGAGCACGAUUAGAGCACCAGUGGGCUCGGCCGCAAUAACCCUGCCUGUUGCCGCAAACGCGGCGGUGGAUGCCGCUCAUCCGUCCGCGCCUGUCAUUCGCAGAGCUGCGAGGUCGAUCGCCGAGAUCGGAGGGGCUCUCCUCAGCUGGGGUGUGGAUGCCCCUGUCAUCGUCACAAAUGUGCGCAUCAUCUCUCUCCAGACCGUCGUGGCGGUUCCUGUCGGAUCGUCAUACUCACUCGCCCUAGCUCCUCUCCUCAACCGUGGUCGACGGUCUCCUCGACAUCCAACGGUCGACCUGCCGGCUGCAACCUCUGCUCCACCACUACCACACAAACACACGCACACACACAGCCAAUUUUUUUUCAUGCCCACCCUUCACCUGGAAAUCGCACUGAUUCACUGCGGCUGA